AUGGCAUCCCUCAAGGAAAUCCUCAACCUCGACAAGGCAGAGCUGGUGUUCCAACGACUGGUGGAGGCGGUUGAAUCCCACUCGUUAGACCUGGCGGCGGUGAGGCGAGAUGUCUCCAGGAAGGCCAGCGGCGAAGACCUGCGGGGAAUGUGCACAGAGAUCAACGGCCGCCUGGCUGCCCUGGAGCGCCGCGUGGCGGCCACGGAAGCGGCGGUAUCGAUCCCGGAAAAUUCCGGCGGCUCUGGCGUCAGCUUCACGGUCGGGGAGGCUGUUCGAGCAAACGGGCAGGCGUUGCUCGGUCUGUCCAAGCAACUGGAAGAAAAGGCCGGGAGGGAUGACCUGUCGGCCAAGGGUGAGGAGCUCGAGGCCUGCAUCCGUGAGCGCGAACGGGCGGUGCGGCAGUGGGGAGUCGGGCGAGACUUCGCAGAUAGCCUCGGGAGGGCCAACCGCGGGCUCGCCGGGAAGCUGCUAGCCGUCGAAGGGGUAUUGAGCACCAAGAUCGAUAGGUCGGAGUUGGACAACAUGCAGGCGGCGUGCGCCAAGGUGUCGACAGUUUCGGAUUUCUUGGACGACGCGGCGCGAAGGGUUUCGACUCUGGAGGCGGGGUUGGAGCGGGGAGAGCGCGAGCGAAGGGAGAAUGAGGAGGACACGCGAGAGGCCCUGCGAGACGUGAAGGCCAACCUCGCUGAGAGGGCUGACAAACGCUCGUCUCAGGCCGUCGCACAAGACCUAGCAGACCUCCGCAGGUCCUUCAUCGAGGAGACCAGCUCCAAGACCAGGCAGCUGAGGGGCCUCAGGCGCGACGCGAACGAGCUCAAGCAGUCGGAGGUCAAAAGACGUGACAUCCCGAUAACCCUCAUCUGCCUCUAUAGCUCAGCUGGGAGAGCGUGGCACUGA